GCCGGCGCUCCCCCUGACGUCACCGCGGGGGCGGCUGAAGGUGACGGUGGUCGCUCCUGGUCCCGGUGCCGGUGGCCCCCGCCAUGGCCGGCAGGCAGCUGCUGGCGCUGCGGCGCCUGCCCGCCGCCUCCUUCUCGACGGCGCCCAAGAAGACGCAGUUCGGGUCGCUGCGGGAUGAGGACCGGAUCUUCACCAACCUCUACGGGCGGCACGACUGGCGGCUGCAGGGCGCGCUGCGCCGCGGCGACUGGUACAAGACGAAGGAGAUCCUGCUCAAGGGCGUGGACUGGAUCCUCGGCGAGAUCAAGACCUCGGGGCUGCGGGGCCGCGGCGGCGCCGGGUUCCCCACCGGGCUCAAGUGGAGCUUCAUGAACAAACCCCCGGACGGGAGACCCAAGUACCUGGUGGUGAACGCGGACGAGGGCGAGCCGGGCACCUGCAAGGACCGGGAGAUCAUGCGGCACGACCCGCACAAGCUGCUGGAGGGCUGCCUGGUGGCGGGGCGGGCCAUGGGCGCCCGCGCCGCCUACAUCUACAUCCGCGGGGAGUUCUACAACGAGGCCUCCAACCUGCAGGUGGCCAUCCGUGAGGCGUACGAGGCCGGGCUGCUGGGCGGCGACGCCUGCGGGUCGGGGUACGCCUUUGAUGUGUUCGUGGUGCGCGGCGCCGGCGCCUACAUCUGCGGGGAGGAGACGGCGCUCAUCGAGUCCAUCGAGGGCAAGCAGGGCAAGCCCCGCCUCAAGCCCCCCUUCCCCGCGGACGUGGGUGUGUUCGGCUGCCCCACCACGGUGGCCAACGUGGAGACGGUGUCGGUGGCCCCCACCAUCUGCCGGCGCGGCGGCGCCUGGUUCGCCAGCUUCGGGCGGGAGCGGAAUUCCGGCACCAAGCUCUUCAACAUCUCGGGGCACGUCAACACGCCCUGCACGGUGGAGGAGGAGAUGUCGGUGCCGCUGAAGGAGCUCAUCGAGAAACAUGCCGGAGGUGUCCGCGGGGGCUGGGACAACCUGCUGGCCGUCAUCCCGGGCGGCUCCUCCACGCCGCUGCUGCCCAAGUCCGUGUGCGAGACGGUGCUGAUGGACUUCGAUUCCCUGGUGCAGGCGCAGAGCGGGCUGGGCACGGCCGCCGUCAUCGUCAUGGAUAAAUCGACCGACAUCGUCAAAGCCAUCGCGCGCCUGAUCGAGUUCUACAAGCACGAGAGCUGUGGGCAGUGCACGCCGUGCCGGGAAGGCGUGGACUGGAUGAACAAGGUGAUGGCGCGGUUCGUGCGGGGCGACGCGCAGGCCGCCGAGAUCGACGCGCUCUGGGAGAUCAGCAAGCAGAUCGAGGGACACACCAUCUGCGCCCUGGGCGACGGCGCGGCCUGGCCCGUGCAGGGCCUCAUCCGCCACUUCCGCCCCGAGCUGGAGGAGAGGAUGCGGCGCUACAGCGAGGCCAAAGCCCGAGUGGCGUCGGCAUAAGGAUUCACCGCCACACCUCCCUGCUCCCACUUGGAAGGGGUUUCUGGGGUGCUGGCAGCACUCAGAGGGUUCUCCAGAGGGUUCUCAAUAAAUGCUGCUGUGCUCCCAGGC